GUGAUACUGAAGGACUUCAAGCGCUAAAAACAUUGCACACUGUGGUUUAAGGCACCAAGUAGCUCGUAAAUUUGCAUACAAGAAGCAGAAAAAACACGAGGAACCAAAUCCGGCGUCGACUUGGAACUUGAAGGAGUAUAAAAGCCGGCCAUUUCACACUUCUCCUGCUACUUGUUUCGUUUGCUGAGCUCCACUCGCUACUUGUGCCAUGUCAUCUUCACCGCUGUUGGAGGCGGAUGUUGAUGCUCUGAACGACCCGACCUUUGAUGCUUCUGGUCUUGCUGCGAAGGAUGCGCUUGAGCAUACUGCUGACGUGAUUUAUCACGAGCCAGUUGAAGGAUACGGCUCCAUUGAGCAGGGGAGUUCAGUGGAGGAAGGUGAGGUUGCGAGACAGACAGAGGAGCAGUCGCAGAGCCACCCUGAGCUGACACACAGACAGGUAAUCGUUAUCAUCAGCUCCUUAUACAUUGGCAGCUUCCUCUCUGCGCUGGACACCACCGUGGUCACCACCCUUUUAUCCACCAUUGCGUCUGAUAUCAACGCUGUGUCGAAGAUGUCGUGGAUUGCCACGUCGUAUCUGCUGUCCUGCUCAGCGUUCCAGCCGCUGUAUGGGAAAGUCAGUGAUAUCUUUGGAAGAAAGCCCUUGUUGGUGUUCUCAAACGUGAUGUUUGCACUUGGAUGUCUGAUCUCUGGCUAUAACCAUAACCUGGUUGGGUUGUCCAUUGGGAGGUUUAUAACUGGCAUAGGAGGCGGCGGCUUGACGUCUCUGAGUGUUAUCACAACGAGCGACUUGGUUCCACUACGUAAAAGAGGCGUUUACCAGGGCUUUGGUAACAUAGCAUUCGGGCUUGGUGCUUCUACCGGUGGUAUAUGGGGCGCGUUAUUCCAAAGGUAUCUUGGAUGGGAAUGGGCGUUUUACAGCCAAGUGCCAAUAUCGCUCUUCUGUAUGGCGAUGCUGUUAAAGAACUUCCACCUACCACCAGGUGCUGCUGGGUUGGGCUUCGAAGGUAGCAAAAGGGAGAAGUUGAAACACGUCGACUUUACCGGCGCCUUUUUACUUGUUACGACUCUUUUGUCGUUUAUGAUUCUGGUUUCCUUUACCGGCCAUGAACUUCGUGCUGGUAGCUUGACCUUUUGGCUUCUCAUUCUGUGCAUGGUUGUAUGCUGUUCUCUAUUCGUAUACGUUGAGCUUUACGUUGCCGAGCACCCAGUUAUCCCAGUGCAUCUGUUGACGUUUAGAACCGUUCUAGCGUCAAGUUUGGUGAACUGGUUCAUGUCAAUGGCCGUCUUCACGUACCUCUUCUACGUUCCAGUGUUCUGGUCGUCAGUCAGUGGGCUAUCGCCUACACAGAUUGGAUUAAGAACGAUAUCGAAUUUCGUUGGUGUUUCGAUGGGAUCUUACCUUUCCGGGUUGUAUAUGAAACGUACAGGGAAAUACCUGUACUUUUCGAUCAUAUCCAACCUUGUUACGAUCCUCGGUAUCCUGAUGCUCUAUCUGAAUGGUCGUGAUACGCCGUACUGGUUCCAGUACGUUGAGCUGUUCAUUCCUGGGGCUGGCUAUGCUGCGAUCUUAACCGUUACACUAUUGGCAUUGAUUGCGUCUGUUUCGCUGAAGGACCAAGCAGCAACCACGUCGAUCCAGUAUGCGUUUAGAGCCACAGGGUCCACGAUUGGUGUCUCGAUCUCGAGUUUCAUCUUCCAACGGUCUCUUGUCAGAUCGCUUGAGUCGUUGUACGACGUUGACCAAGACGAAUACACCAGGGACCAAAUCGCACGGAUCAUUACCAAGGCCGCCAAUUCUUCGUCCUACAUCCUACAGGCCCCCAAGAUCUUCAAAGAGCUCAUUAGAGAUUCGUAUGAUAUCAGCUCGCACUCAGCUCUGCUAUUCUCUGUGGCAACGGUGGUUCUGGCGUGGGUUUCCGGCUUGUUCAUGCAAGAGCACCAUCUCCACACCACAGUUGAUCGUAGAUGAUUCGUUGGAUCAUUACGAUCUACUGCUCAGGUGCACUGGUUGCUUCCAGAAGGCUUCCAUUGGAGAUACACAUCCGUGGUGACUGAUUGGAGUUGUCCACAUAGGGUCACACCGACCGUGUGCUGUGUUCGUUCAGGCCGUCUUAUGGCGUACGUACAAAGCUGUGUGCUGUUGGUAGAGCAAUGCACCACCGUGUAAUGUGCCCAGUGCCUUGGAGUUCGGUUGAUCGAAUAUGCUCAGUACUGGUGCUGGCGUUAUUGGAACUUGUCCCAUCCACUACAUAUGGUAUAUUUCUGGAGAAUACAUG